UCAGCGCGAAAUUUAAAAAUAGGAGUUACCUGUUCACAUUAGUCCAUAUACAAUUAAUGCAUAACCGGAUAGUUUUUAGCUCAGAGUACAAUAUAAGGCAAGGUAACGCUAGGCAUAUGAAUGAAGUACGGUAUGUUAACGACGUUAACUUGCGCACUUGUUGGUGUAUAAUGACGCAAUCAAACAGCACCCGCGUUGUUGUUUGUAAUAGACAGUGGUAACGUUAAAGUUGUUGGCGAGGUUUCCCUCACCGAGAAAUGCUAGUAAGUGUUGUAUGUUAAACCAGCUGUAUUCAUUUACGUCUACUCAUUCCACUAGUUUAUCUGCGCAGCGUUACGUUUAAACCUAUACGCGUGUAACGUUAGACAUUGCUGCUAAUACGGCAGGAAGAAGUUAGCCAAUAAGCUAACAUGAGAGCAGUUGACAGCAGCGACAUAACGUUAACGGUACUGGCUCUCUGACAACAGUUAACUAGCUAGGUGACGUAAGCUUACCUGUCCAUAAUGGAGGAUAACUCGUCGUGUUCUUCGGUAGUCACUGGUCUUUCUCCCGCGUCUUUCCUCCAGAGGACGUUGGAGCGCUUAUCCUCCGUACAGUGCCUAAAACUUAACGCUGAGGAGGCGGCUCCUGUUGCUGUAGUUGCACUUCUGCGGUACUUAGCUGAGAAAACCGAGGGGCAGCAGCUCGACAGCUACAGCUACGACGUUACCGUCACUGACGGAGUCUGGCGAGCCAAAUGCUUUCUUCACCCUAGUUUAAAUCACCUGGUGCACACGAACACCCUGAGGACAGGGACCGACGUCAACAUCACGCAGUGCUCUUUUGUUUACAACGAGAGGAGACUGGGCCACGGUUACAUUUGCAUUGAAAAGCUCAGAUGUGGUGUAGGGAGGUCUGCUUUCCUGGCCCGUGUAAAGGACGUCAGCUCACUGCCCAUGCUGGUCAAGCAUGGCAUGGAGGGGAGUGUGGUGCUUCUAAGUGAUGUUCCCCUUCAAGUGAGCCGCAAACAUUACCUGUCUCUGUGGAACAACGAAGACCCAGAGGGAGACAUCUGGACCUCGGGGUCUCCCUCAUCUGACACAGUGCUGGACGUGUCCAAGAUCACUCUUCUUUGUAGUCUGGAGUCAUGCUUUAAAAAGACAUGGACACCUCUCCCUCUCCUAGUGAGGAUACUACACAAAUCCAGAUUACGGUAUUAUGGGAAGUUUGGCCUUAAAAUUGAUUACCCCUACCAGGCAUAUUUUGAAGUUGCUGACCAGAGUGGGACAAUGUCCCUUGUGCUUUGGAACGAACUUUGUCCCGAGUUUUACCAGAGACUGAACGUAGGCACCGUGUUGUACAUCCAAAAUUACACCUUGAAGCAGAGUUAUUCAAACCGCUCACACCCGCAAAUGGACCAUCACAGAAUGAAGACCUUUAACUCUGUAGAAAUCUGCCUGAACCCUCGCAACCCUGCUUCUGUCAUCACUGUGGUUUCACCAAAGAGUGUACUGCCUCAGUGGGGAUUGCCUGAGGUUUCCUACCAGUUCACCAACAGCUCAGAGUUGGAAAAUGUAUCCAACAACUCUGCAUGUGAUGUCAUUGGUUUGGUGACAUUUGUUGGUCGUAUUGAAAGAGUCAAGAGUAAAGGCAACACGGGUCCAGAAAAAUACUGGACGUAUCGCUGGAUCCACGCGGUGGACGGAACAUCUGACCGUCCUUUUAUCCUGGAGGUUUUUUCCUCUUCCCAACCAGAAGUCUUCAGUCGUAUAUGCCCAAUGACCUACCUGGUGUGCACUCAGAUGAGAGUUUGUCAAGUGGAAGGAUCGUUGCCCUACCUCACAAGCAGCUGCGAGACUGAGAUGUUCAUCACAGGCUACCACAAAGGUCAGCCGUAUGUGAGUGACCCCAGAGUGAAGAGCUUCAUCCAAUGGACCAAAACUCUGAAGGACAACGUUGUCCUCCAAAAGACAGCUGUUGGCGGUUAUUAUUGCUACCCUCCUCCCCCACAGAAAUUUACCCAGCCAAUGCCAGAUGCCUCAGCUCAAGCUCCUCUGGUUGCUGCGGCUGACUUGAAGACGGAGUUUGAGACCAUGCAAUACAGGGAACACAAAAAAGUUGCAUUUCAAGGACAGAUCACGGCAGUCCGGUAUAUGAAAGAGCCAAAGACCACCGAGUCUCGAGGAACACAAGAGAAAGAGCUUCCAGAUGUUUCUACUGAUGCGUGUAAACAAGCCGUACCAGACGCACACAAUCAUCCGUCAACAGCUGGGCAGACUUUGGCGGCCAGUUUAACAUCUGCGUCUGCUGAGAAAAUCUCAGCAAGCGGAAGGAAAAGAAGAAUUCAAGUGAGAAAAGCCAUGGAGUCCUCCUUAAAUCUUAAUAGCGUGUCAGCAAAAAGGAGACAAAAAGAUGCAGAGGAAGGACAAGAGCAGGAGGAGGAAGAAGAAGAAGAGAGUGACUCUGAAUCUGAGGAGGCUCAGGAUGUGGAAUGCCGCCAACUACUGCAAAAUCUGAAUCAAGACUCUGAUGUAAUAUCUUGGGAAAGCAGCAGUUGGCUGAAGCAACAGCAAGAAGUGUCUGAACAUCUGUGCCAAGGCGGCCUGUACCUGGACAGCGUGUCUCGGAGGUUCACUUUUGACGAAAAGAACGUCCUCUUGCAGCAGAGUAACCUUCAGCCGACGCGGUGGACACCAGAGCAAAGCUCCGACACCAUCCCUCCUGUGGUUUGUCCAGGAUACUACCAAGUAACAAUAUUAGGCAUAAACAAGCAGAUAGCCGUCGAUGCUGCGUAUUUUCCUGUUGUGAGCUCAGACGAGCCCAGGGCCGUAGGCCUUUCUCAGGAUCCCCAUGGCAACACAAUACUGUCCUGCCUCUCAUCAGGCUUCCUCUGUCCGCUCAGUGACACCGCCAGCCACAGCGAAUCAACGCUUCCCGAGCCAGAGGAGGUCUUGGUGACUGCCGGUGAGCUGGAGGACACGCAUGUCGUGUGCAUCUUGGACCUUUGCCAUCUGGGUGGAGACGAGAUGGAAGUCGUGAUCAGCAAGGUGUACAGAGUGACAGAGGUUUCUCUCUGCUAGGAGGGACAGAAGAGAAAGUCUUCAGCUCCGUGAGGAAUAUCUUGUAAUUAUUAUCAGCAUACAUUAAUCAUGUCAUAUUUUUGAUAGUUAUAGAGCAAAGGAUUUAGACCAAAGCUCCCUUUGAUACUUGUAAAUUCUCUGAUAACCUGUUACACAUGUGCAGUAAAUGUCACAUAGUUCUUUAAAUAAUGCUUUCAAAGAGUGGGAAAUGUUAAUGCAAUCAAUUUAAAAUACUGAAAUACAUAAGAUUGCAAAUUUGUAUCACCAUCAGAAUUCAACUGUGUAUUUACUGUGACUGACAGAUGCUGCUGCUGCUUUGGCUGCAAAUAAAGUGUCUGCUUACUACACACUGCAGGUUUUAACUCCCAACCAGCAAAUCGUCACUGUAGAAUCUAGAGAAGCGAAUGGUAUUUUGGAUGGCUGCCAUCCAGUGACUCACUGUGAAAAGGCCAUCACUGGGAGGUGUGACGGUGGCUCAUACGGGCUUCCCUCUGCUGUGUGACAGAAGUGUUAAAAACCUGUUGCAAAAUAUUUUAUUGAUGCCAAACCAUUUUUCAUAGAUUCAUACUAGCCUGGCUUUCGGAUGUGAAAAUCAGCUUUUUGCUUUAAGAACACACAGUCUCGUACAUGAAUCAUUUUUGCUCAGAACAGUUUGUUCAGAAUAACAAUACAUAUGUUUAAAAAUAUUUAUUUUCAAAUAUGUCACAAUAUCCAGGUUGAUUUAUAAAUAAUUCAAUAUAACAUAAUUAAUAUCAAGAUAUUUUAGAAUGUAAACUUAAUUUGUUCAUUGGUUUUAAAACAUUACCGAUAUUUUUUUAAAGCUUAUUUUGAUGGUAAAUACAGAAAGAAAACAAGCCAUACAAGUGCCUGUGCGACACCAAAUUAAAACGCAAACAGAAGCUUUACCUCCUCUAAUAAGACACUUCAUUAUCUGUUACAAAAUAACUUUAAUUUUAAAAUCAUGUAACAUACAUAUGUAAUCUAUUAGACAUAUAAAAUAAACAUAUAUAAUAUAUAUAUAUAUAAUCUAAACUUCAUUUUUUUAUUUAAUUGUUUUUACAUUCUAUUAUACAAUAUAUUCAAUAUUUGUUUCUGCACUGAAACUGCAGAAAUGGCUGUGCACCAGGUUUGUUUUGUUCAUGUCCGGGCGAGUCGUCCACAGACAGCCCUGAUCUGACUGCCCACGCUUCCAUUUAAGGUGUCACUCACUGUUUUACAAAUCAGAAAGUACAAGUUAAAUGUGAUUUAAAAUCACAUGCCAUCAAAAACAAUGACACUCAAUGGAAAAACUCCAUGAAGAAGAAAAGCACUCUCAAACUUGAAGAAG